GCCGAACGAUUUCACCGUUUUUGAGUGUGUUAACAUAGCAGAAAUUUUUUAUUAAAAAAAGGAAAAAAAGAAAAAAAAAAGUUAGCUUGAUUCAUUAAAGGCUUCGCAUUUCGUUGAUUUUCGCAGUUCUUGUAUCGUUGUAGCAAAGUGUGGUGCUUGGUCAUUGAUGUUAGUAAAACAAGGAAUAAAUUCUGGGUUUGGUGCAAUUUAUAUGUUGGCUUCGUCUCCUGUGUUGAGAAGGCAACAGUUUUUGAUAAGGUCUCUUGGAGAUUACAGCGAUCAGAACACUAACACCCAUCAGAAAGGAAUGCAAGGAACAAAAUUCACCAGUGGAGCCUCUUUGGAGGCUGAUGCUGAGAACGUUCUGAGAGCAAUCACUCCGACCCUUGAUCCCAAUAGACACAAGGGUCAGGCUGGAAAGAUAGCUGUUAUCGGCGGGGGUCGUGAGUACACUGGUGCUCCAUAUUUUGCAGCUAUCUCAGCAUUAAAAAUUGGUGCAGAUCUAUCCCAUGUUUUUUGCACGAAAGAUGCAGCUUCAGUCAUAAAAAGCUACAGCCCUGAGUUGAUUGUACACCCAGUUUUAGAAGAAUCAUACAGUGUUAGGGAUGAUGAAAAAGGUGUCAUCUCAGGAAAGGUUCUUGCUGAAGUUGAUAAAUGGUUGGAAAGAUUUGAUUGUCUUGUCAUUGGUCCAGGCCUUGGAAGGGACCCAUUUCUUCUGGACUGUGUGAGUAAAAUCAUAAAGCUUGCAAGGCAGUCCAAUGUCCCAAUUGUCAUAGAUGGGGAUGGACUCUUUCUUGUUACAAACUCUCUUGAUCUCAUAAGUGGAUAUCCCUUGGCUGUGCUGACCCCAAAUGUAAAUGAAUACAAGCGCCUUGUACAGAAAGUUUUGAGUUGUGAAGUAAAUGAUGAAGAAGCUCAUGAGCAACUACUAUCUCUUGCAAAAAGGUAAACAGACUUUUUGUAUUGUGUUGGUGGGUUGACAACUGCUUAAUCUUAUACUUACAUCACAGGAUAAAAUAUUAAGAACUUAUUUUGUUCAGAAGUUAAUAAGGAUGUUUUACAAAUACGUACUUGUCAUAAUCUGUAUGUAUC